AUGUCCUUCCUGCCGAUGCCAGAAGUCGUGCGCACAAACUUGCUCUCCCCAAGGUGGCGCUAUCUGUGGGCCUCUGUGCCGUUCAUCCACCUAGAUUACAAGGACUUUGUGAAUGGUGGUGAUAAUCUAGAGAAGAGAAAAAUCGAUCAGAAUAGGCUGCAGAAGUUUGGGGACCAGUUGCUACUCUUGCGUGAUGGCACUCUGCCCCUGGAUGAGGCUCGGAUCUUCAUCAAAUGUGGUUGUUUGUAUGACAAUUGUUGUACAUGGAUUCGUCAUGCUAUCAGGCACAAAGCUCGUAUGCUUCAUGUUUACGCUCCCCGUGACACCAAAGUAAUGUUUGAUAACAGAGCCAUGGUUCCUUCUCAGCACCUGAAAACAAUGAGACUUGAAACGGUCUAUGUGGAUGACAGAUUCUUUAAGGCGCUGAAUUUUGAAUCCCAUGUGCUUGAACAUCUAGAGCUGGAGUCUUGCACUAUCUAUGUCGCCGGGCAGAAGAUAUCAUCAAGCUCACUCAAGAUUUUAUCCAUAUCCCGUUGCCAUCUCUACAGAGAUCUAGAGAUUUGUGCUGUGAACCUGAACCAUCUGUCUAUCCUUGACCCAACAUUUGAAUCUCCCAGAGGGUCUGUCAUAGUAACUAGGGAUCUGUGUUCUUUAGUUACAGCUUGGAUAAGUCUAAGAUCUGGUGUCCAUGGCGAUCGAGACGAAAUACUGGAUUAUGGAAUACUCGAUGGCCUCUCACACGUCACAACCUUGGAGUUGCAUGCAGCAUUACCAGAGGUAUGUUUUUUGUUCAGGUUCUUCUCUGUUCACAUCCAUCCUGGUCUAGCUGGAUGUUGUCGGUUGCGUUGCUAG